AUGGCCACCGCUCCUGUACGGAAUGCUUUAAGGUUUCAGCCUCAGACAUUGAAAGAACGCUUUUCUGAGCUUAUCCCAGUUGAGCUGGAGAAGGUCAAGGCGAUAAGAAAGGCACAUGGACACAAGGCGUUCGGGCCUGUUACUGUUGAUCAGGUAUAUGGUGGCAUGCGUGGAUUGCCGGCUCUGCUCUGGGAUGGCUCGGUUCUUGACGCUGAGGAGGGUAUCAGAUUUCGUGGCAAGACUAUCCUAGAGUGCCAGGAACUUCUCCCCAAAGCUCCUGGUGGCUCCGAGCCUUUGCCGGAAGCCCCUACUCAGGCUCAGGUUCAGGCGCUUAGUGCUGACUGGGCCGCUCGCGCCGCUAUUCCCAAAUUUAUCGAGGAGCUCAUCGACUCAUGCCCCAGCACUCUGCACCCCAUGACUCAAUUCUCUAUUGCUGUUACCGCCCUUAACCAUGAUUCUGCUUUUGCCAAGGCUUACCAGGAUGGUGUCCACAAGAAGGACUACUGGGGACCGAUUUUCGAGGAUAGCAUGGAUUUGAUUGCCAAGCUUCCCAGCAUUGCUGGUCGCAUCUAUCAUAACUUGUAUGGGAAGGGUAAACUGCCCGCUAUCGAUCCCACCAAGGAUUAUUCGUACAACUUGGCUCAUCUCCUUGGAUUUGGCGACAACGAAGCGUUCGUUGAGCUCAUGCGUCUCUACAUCACCAUCCACAGCGACCAUGAAGGUGGCAACGUUUCUGCCCACACGGGCAAGCUUGUCGGUUCAGCGCUCUCGGAUCCGUUCUUGGCAUUUGGUGCUUCGUUGAACGGUCUCGCUGGCCCUCUUCACGGGUUGGCUAAUCAGGAAGUGCUCAUCUGGUUGCAAAGAAUGGUCAGCAACAUUGGCAAGGAGCCAACCGAUGAAGCCGUCGUUCCUGGUUAUGGCCACGCCGUACUUCGUAAAACCCUCGUCGGACAAAUUUACAAGCUUGCCAAGAAUCCAUGGCCCAACGUCGACGCUCACUCUGGUGUCCUUCUCACUCACUACGGUCUUGAUCAAAUGAGGUUUUACACUGUUCUUUUCGGUGUCUCCCGUGCCUUCGGUGUGUGCGCUCAGCUCAUUUGGGAUCGUGCCCUUGGAGCUCCUCUCGAACGUCCCAAAUCGUAUUCGAGUGAACACAUUCAGAAGCUGUUCGCCCACAGGGAAUGA